AAACUACAUUAUAAACAUGAGGAUCAUUUCCAAAACCACGUGGACUGGAAAACUCUAAGAGAACCUCGCUAAGAACGGAACAGAAUGCCCUUCAACAAGAAAAAACUGUCCAAAAAAGGAUCUAAAGUAGCCUCUAAACCUUCUCAGAGCAACUCCACCUCCAUUGAUCAAUACAAAGAUAUGCAGGAGUGGGUGGAGCUUGGCACACCACCCCCUAUAAUACAAGGACUCUACAAGCUUGGGUUCAUGAACCCUACACCCAUUCAGAAGAUGGCCAUACCCCCGGCCAUUAACGAGGGAGCAGAUAUAAUAGGGGCAGCAGAAACUGGCUCUGGUAAAACACUGGCCUUCUCCAUACCAAUACUACACCACAUCCUGAAGGUCCGUCCACCUUUGACCUCUGCCAGUGAACCGCAUCCACCUUUGACCUCUGCUAGUAAAACACACCUACCUUUGACCUCUGUCGAUGAGCCACACCCAGCUUUGACUACUGCCGGUGAUUCAGCGAAACUGGAGAAGAAGCUGAAAAAGCCAAAACUGAAUGUGAUAGACUUAAACGAAGUCGUACAUACCUAUUCCUCCGAAUACAUAUUUGAGACUGAAGACAAAGAAAGUGGCAAUCAAGAUGGCCGUGUCACUAAAGAUGGCCGUGUGGCUGGUGGUUCCGAGGUUGCUGAAGAAAGUGAGGAUGAGGGUGAUGGCCAAGCUGAGGGCAGUGGAAGUGACGUUGGUGACAGUGUUUCCAGUGAGAAUAAUGGAGACAAACUUGUGUUUGAGGUAGACUCGGAAUCUGCGAAUGAAUCGCUUUCUGACGAUGAUGAGGAUGACAGCGAGGAUGAAAGUGACUCGAGUCCGCUGGUGGUAGAGCCGGUGUUGCCACGGCAACGUAAGAGGAAGAUGUCGGCAUAUCGCCAGAUGAAAGAGGCGGCGCGUGCUAAAAAGGAGCGUGGUUUUGUGGGCGUGAGAAACCGCAUUCCUGAAGAGGAGUUCCAGUUAAUGCUAAAAGGUAAAGCUGACGUGUGGCGCUCCCAAUCCCCCCCACCAAUGGACCAAUCAACAUCCAGCAUUGCCGACCUCCCUACGGAGACAGGAAUUGAUCAUGUGACAGGAAGUGGGUGUGGUCUAGUUGCGCUCAUCCUAACGCCCACGAGAGAGCUAGCGAUGCAAGUUCACGCUCAUAUCUCAUCCGUCUCUAGGUUCACUGGAAUCAAAGUGUGCACAGUGGUGGGUGGUAUGGCAACAGAGAAACAAGAGAGACUGCUAAAGCAACGUCCGCAGAUCGUCGUGGCAACACCAGGUCGUCUAUGGAAACUCAUGAGUGAUGGUGAUCCUCAUUUGUGUAACCAUGACGAUCUCCGCUUCCUGGUGUUGGACGAGGCGGACAGGAUGGUAGAGUAUGGUCAUUAUCGUGAGCUGGGCAAUAUAUUGGACAGACUUAACGGCGCAAGGGUUCGAGGUCAAUACAAGGUCAAAGGUCGUGACAGACAGACGCUCGUGUUCUCGGCAACUCUCGCCAUACCACGUCGGAGUACGGAAAGAAAGAAAAAGAAGAAGUCCACCUCGUCACAAGAAACCAUCGAUAAUUUAAUAUCGAGGGUCGGACUGAAAGAUGAUGCUAAGAUUGUGGAUUUGACGGGGUCAAAGAUCACAGUACGGACACUCACGGAGACCAAGAUCACAUGUACAGCAGAAGAAAAGGACCUCCACUUGUACCACUUCCUGUUACUCCACCCCGGGCGUACUAUAGUGUUUGUGAACAGCAUUGACUGUCUGCAACGCUUGAGGGCACUGCUAGAGCUAUUGGAGAUGAAGCCACUCCCACUGCACGCCCAUAUGCAGCAGAGACAGAGGCUCAAGAAUCUAGACAGGUUUACGUCCAGUAAGAGUGGCGUACUGGUAGCCUCGGACGUGGCUGCCCGAGGGUUGGACCUUCCUGCAGUGGAGCACAUCGUCCAUUACCAGGUGCCCAGGAACUCAGAGGUGUACGUUCAUCGCAGUGGACGAACUGCCCGGGGACAGAGGGAGGGGCUUAGCGUGAUGCUUGUAGGGCCGGAGGACUUGAAAGCAUAUCGUAACAUCUGUAGAACCCUCAACAGAGAUGAUGUUCCCAACUUCCCUCUAGACCACACCCACAUACAAUCUCUAAGGAAGCGUGUCUCACUUGCCAAACAAGUGCAUAUUAUCGAGUAUCGUCGUGACAAAUCGCGGAGGGCAGAGAAAUGGAUGACACAAACUGCGGACAGUCUGGGAAUGGACUUAGACGAUGGGACACUGAAGGACAAAUGGAGUAAGAAAGAGGAAAGAAAGCUUCAAGAGCUUAGAGGUCAGUUCCAAGAGCUCCUCCGAGCCGUGGUAGUGCCUCGAGGCAUGUCACUCAAGUUCCCCAUGGCAAACAGAGACCCUGGAGCAGGCAUCGUACUCGAGCAUGAGAAGGCCAUUUUAUUAGCAAAAAAACGUCAGAAUAUUGAAACUUGAUCUCUAACUGUUUAUAGCUUACGAUUUCAUUAUUAAAGUAAUAUGAAAUUUGUCAAUAAUUAAUUUUAUAGUGAAGACAUUUUUUACAAAAUUGAAUUUGAAUGAUAAUUAAAAGCUAUUGUUA